UCUUUUCAUGACGCGCGGUUUUUAAACUUUUGAUUUUGGUAGGUAGGUAUUGUAAAAAUUAAACCUAACAAAAAAGAAAGAAAGAACAUAAUAAAAAGACGUAGGACGUAGAAAUGCAAGACGAAGCGAACGCCAUGUUUCAAAUGCGUUUUCCUCAGAAAUUGUGGUACUUGCUGAAUCUCAGGACUGAUGCUAUAUUAUGGGGUGGAACCGGAAGAACAAUUUUAUUGAAUUACAGGAUCCUUCACAGCUAUCUUCAAUGUGACCAUUCAAUUUUUAAAACUACUAAUAUAUCGAGCUUUGUGAGGCAACUGAAUCUGUAUGGUUUUCGAAAAGUAACAUCGCAUUCUCAAGAUCCAUUGUGCAAUUCUAGCAACCCAUACAUGCACGAGUAUGCUCAUGACUAUUUUCAAUUUGGUAGACCGGAACUUCUGAAUAAAAUUAACAGGAAAGCCAUAACAAUAAAGAAAAACUUUAAGCAGAAGAGUGUCUAUACAAAUGAGGAACUGUUCCCUUAUAUGACUCCACUUCAGAAGGCUCGUCAGACUCUCCGCGUUGCUUUGCAAAAAGCAGCUCGAGACUUAUACUCCCAAGCAUCUCCAAAAUCUGUUAACUGUGAAGGUACACCAGAGAAUCACCAUGAAAAAGAAGAGAGCUUUUAUUUGGAUUGGUUCAAUCCAAAAUCAAAUGAUACAGAUAAACAGUUUCCACAGCCAGAGCCAGUAACUGAUGCAGAAAAGGAAGAAAUCCAAAUAGUUCCAAGGAAUGUGAAAUUUGGUAUGAAAUCAGAAGAAAUACUGAUAAAUUUCACUGAUGAGUCAAACCAGCAGAACAACGAAUCAGACUCAUUUACUGGCCAGUUCUUGAGCAUGCCUGAACUAGAUUCUGUGCCUGUUGAGGACCAUGGUGCAGAUCUAUUAGCACAAUAUACUAUCAAUGUUGAACAAGACAAAGGUAUUGCAAGAAGCAUUCUUCAGAAAUGUGACAGUACUGAUGAUGCACACAAUGCUUUGAACUGUCUGCUGCCAUCUAUCAGCAUUGAUCAGAAUGAUGAUGUUUCUAUGGUAGAGAGAGGCACUGGACUUUCUGGACAUUACCAUGGAGAAUGGGACCAGAUGUUCAAUGAUAUAAUAACAAGCAAGGGUGCAAGCCAAGAAUGUGGCUCUGAGUUGAAGGAACUCUACUCCCAGAUUUCAAAAACUAUUGAUUUACUAAAUUCUUAAGAAAAAUGCAUUUAUUGAAAUAAAUGUAAUGAACUCCUUAUACCAUGUUACAUAAAAGUUAAUAUUAAUUUCUUUUUA